GGGCGGCGCGCACGCUCGCCUCGCUGUCCAUACUGAAGGUGAUCAGGGUCUACACGGGGGAGCACUGGCAUGCCGUGCUCACUGAUGGAGGCCAAGUGUACACAUGGGGCAGAGGAGACGGCUACCAACUCGGCCACGGCAACGUAGAGACGAUACGAUUACCAAAGAUGGUGGAAGCUUUACAAGGUAUACGGGUAGUAAGUUUAUCUCUGGGCGCGUCGCACGGGGUGGCGCUGGCGGCGGACGGCAUGCUAUACGCGUGGGGCACGCACGAGCGCGCCAACAUAGUACGGCCCAUCCCGCAGCCGCUGGCUGUUAUAAGCCCGUCAUUUAAAAUUCAGGGUAUAAGCAGUGGUCCACUAAUUCUAGUCUGGAGUGAAGAAUGUCCUAGGAAUUUACCCCCCUCAUUACCAUUUGUUAUAGAUUUGUCUAUUUGCACGUUUAGGUUUCUAGAUAAACUUCUUAGAAUGGUUGUAGAGCAAGGCCUCUCAAAGAACGCAACCGUCCUUACAGAGAACGAAUGCAUAGGUAUUGCGUGUCUCAACAUAUUGAGGUUACAGGUCUACGCCCACCAAUGCGCGCACGGCAAGACAGUCACCAACGAGUUCCUACGAGCGAACCCGUGGACGCACGGCGUGCUACAAUCACUCAUAGUGCUAGUGGAGGGGCGAGCGGGCGCGGGCGCGGCGGCCGCGGCCAAGAAGACGCUGGCGGCCGCCUGGCCGAUGCUGAUGCCGACGCCGCAGGUCCGGGCCAGGCAUUUGCUGACGCUACUGCCUAUGGGAAAAGGCACACACGAGCUGACGGCGGGCGGGCGGUUCAUGGUGGAGCUGCUGGUGUGGUCGCUGCUGGGCGGCGGCGGGCUGCGCGCGGCGCUCACCCUCGCGCUGCAGGAGAACCACUGCGACUGCUGCAAGCACCUGCUGCUGGACACGGAUUAUGAUCAAAUCGACAUAAUGACUGGACAGUGCGUGUCAAAGAAGGAUGAUGCUGAUGAGCAGACCGAAGUGGCAGUUGUGGCUACGACUCAAGAAACAUAUGAACCGAAAGUGAAGAAAGAUACAAAGAAAAAACCAGACACAGUUCCUCUACUGACAUUGGUACAACAGUUGAUCGUGAACACGACGAGUCAAACGCAGCAACAGAUGCAAGCCGUAGUGAAAGAAACCCCGAGCAAGGAGGAAGAGGCGAUCCUCAGGGAGGUCUACGCUAUAGACCUAAAGACGGUCAACCCGUGUUGCGUACUGCUUAUACGAUUCCAAAGGCUAUUAUUCUGCGAAGCGAUGUCCACCCGUGGCGAGCUGCCUACCCGCGGCGGGAUCAGGAAACUAUUCACACUAUACGUGAGGAUGCUAGCAGCAUACGUGGGCCCGACGAUACGAGGCUUCGCAGACGCCGUCAAGUUUAUGGAAGAGGAUACGUUGGAGACGCUGUGCAAUAUUAUGAUGUCUGAUGUUGUUGGUCGAGUCCUCACCGAGCUAGGCCCGUGGCUAUGCGCCUGCGCAACCCGUUCGCCCACAGUGCUCAUGCUGGCCACGGCUCCUCUGCUGGAGCUGGCUCGCAUGUGCGACCUGGCGGCGUCGGCGCUGCCUCAGGGGGCGCCGCGCGAGGCAGACAUACUGGCGUGGACCGGCUGCAUGGCUAAACCUAAGCCGCAGCAUAAGAGGGUUAUUACUGCUGCCGAGUUCAACAACCGCGCGAAAAACGGCCCAGAACCGUGGCUAGUCUUCAACGGCUACGUGUACGACAUAUCCAACUUCGCGUGCGAGUGCGCGGAGACCGUGCAACUAGUGGCGCGGUUCCGCGGCCACGACGCCAGCCUCGCCUUCAGUAUGUUGCCGCACUCGGCGUAUGUGACCAAGCUGACGGAGAACUGUGUGGGCGAGUUCACGAGGCAUCUGCCGAAGGAUGGGGAGAUUGAGGAGAACCCAACAAUAGUCAAGAUGUACCACAUGCUGUCGUCGAUCGCGUUCCAACUGACGCUGGCCGUAUCUGCGUGCGGCGCGCGCCUCGCGCAGUCCCUCCCCGCUCAGCCGGCUGAGGUGGCUGCGAGACCGCAUGCUACUGCUGCCUUCUUGAGGCAUGGACUGAAGGUCCGCAACCCUCCAAACCCGUUUGAAGAAGAGAAAGCAGAAGCGCGCAGCGGCACCUCAUCAGCCAAUCACAGCCCGGCGACGGAGGUGCCCAAGAUGCCGCCCCGCCCCAUGGUCAUCAAGAAGCAACUGCCAGGCAAAGGACACAGGCCGCCGAUACAGAAGCCAGUGCAAAGGGUGGACGUGGCUGCGGCCUCGUCGAAGGCUGACGCGCUGUUGCACGCGCUGGCUGAACCCAAAUUGCUUGACCCCCUAGCCAUCCACUUAUGGACGGCGUGCGAGCGGCGCGAGGGCUGCGCGCCGCACUUCCCCCCCGAGCACCCGCUGGAGGAGCUGCGGCGCGCGCUGCUGGCCGCGCUGCUGCACCACGCCGGCCUGAAGGAGCACGCGCUCGCCACCGCCUCCGCCGAGAUGGACUGCGGUGACGUCAAACUUUCGCCAGCGAUGGCGGAUAUCGUAAAAGCUGUGCAACAAACCAAGUGGACUGUAAUGAGGGUGCGGCAGCAGCUAUCUCGAAGCUACAAGGAGGUAUGUGCAAGUCCACUAGAGCGAGCCCGGUUCCUACUACACGAGGUGAGGCCAGCCAUGUCGCCCGCAGUCACCGCGCUGAAGAAACGCCCGCCCUCGCGCCGCCCGCCCCUCGCCAGGACGCACUUCCAGCGCAUGAUCAAGGCGGCCAAGUCGCCGGAUUUUAAUAAUAAGUGCUUUGAAAUAACAAAAGAUCUCAGAAACAGACAAAAUAGCCUGAGCAAAAGCAUGCUUAGAGGCACAGGCAGUGCCUUGCAAGGAGACGCCUUACUCUUGAAGUCUUCCCUCGUCAACUCCAUGUCAAGGGCCUCCGACGAACAAUCCAUAUUAGAACAUUCCAAAGUUAGUAUUAGUGGCAAAGACAAGGUGAACGAAAUAAUGAAGCUGAAAAUCAAAGAUAAACCUCUGGAAAAGGACCUCAAAAACGCGUCGAAUUAUGAUGGUGCGAGAUCUGACUCAACGCGCGGCGAACACAAAAUCUCAGAGAUUACGGAGAGAGAAAUGGACGACAAGACUCCUACUAACGAAAUCUCAAUUAGCUCAAUAAACGAUAUGACUGAUAACUCUAUACUAAAAGAAUCUAUGGAAAGCGAGCAACAGUUCACGUUGUAUACCGACGAUAUUAAAAAUGAUCUCAUAUUGUCUGAUGCGGAAAAGGACGACGAUAAUUCUGAGAGGAAUAAGUUUGUGAACGCGUGGUUUGCUAAACACGGGAGCAAGGGGAAAGUGAAAAAUAUUGGAUGGAUGUUAAAAGAAGUGACUGCAGAGCAGCAUAAUUUGACGACGUCGAUUAUAGACUUCGCUUUAAGCGACAAAACGUGUGACAUGGACACGCUUCGACGGGCCCUGUAUUGUCAGAUACAAAGAGCAUAUAUGCGACAGAGAGGCUACAAGAUGAUAAACCAAGUGCUGCACGCGUCUCAAUCUCUAUCUUUAAACCUCAAAUACGCUGCCAUGUGCGGUAUAACCGGGGCAGUUCUAGCCGACUCUGGACCGCCCACUCCGCUCAAACCCACCCUCCCUUUAGCAAACCCAUGUAGAGACAUAGAAUCAGUGAUUCCAUACACCAAGUACAUGAUAUUGCGAGAGCGGUCCAUGCUGAUGGAUUUUGUGCUAAAGGAGUUCAAACUCAGGGUUAAAGAAGGCGAAGUGUCACCGUUGUUUGACGCACUGCCGUUGAAGAAGGGAGUUAAUGCUGGGGUGUACGCCUUGGUAAAGAAACCGGGACGCGCAAGAUUUAUCCUAAGUUUACUGGCGCUGCUGACGGAGGGUUGUCAAGGACCGGAGUUGGAGCAGAUAAUCAACAGCGGCGCCCUGAGUACUUGUAUGUCAUUCCUGAAGCAAAUCGGGGGCGACUUUUCCAUUCACAAAAACUUCAUCGCCAUGUAUUACAUACAGAAAGUGGACAGUCUGGUAAUCUUUGAGGAUGAGAGGCUAGGCGCCCGCGCCCGCGGUUCGUCACUCUCAGGACCGGAGCUGGCAUCGCUUAUGAGGAUAGGCACCCGGGUCGUUAGAGGAAAAGACUGGAAGUGGGGGGAUCAGGACGGCGUCCCGGGCGGCGAGGGCCGCGUGAUCGGCGAGCUCGGCGACGACGGCUGGGUGCGCGUGGCGUGGGACAACGGCGGCACCAACUCGUACCGCAUGGGCAAGGAGGGCAAGUACGACCUCAAGCUGGCGCGCUCGCCGUCGCCGCCGCCGUCGGUUCAAGAGACUGUUGCUGAGGAGACUGAGGAAGUACAAGACCUGCACUGGCCAGUGUGCGAGGCGAAGCGCGCGUGCUGGACCCUACUCCGACUGAUCUGCGCAGGCGCAGGGCGCGCCAAGUGCGGCGUCGGGGCGGCGGCGCGGCGUAACGUGGCGGCGCUGCAGCGGCGGCUGCUGGCGCUGGCGCACGCUAAUGGGGCCGUCUCGCCGAUUGCGUUUGCGCCGCAUCAGCACACCGCCUGGGUGCUGUUGAGAAUAAGUGCACAAAGCUCGACUAUGAAAAAGACACUGUGCACGGAUAAAUGGUUCGAGAUCUGCUACAGCAUAAUUUCUGCGCCGGACAAACUCAUAACUGAAGAUGUCAUGUACACGCAAAUCCAAAUAAUCUGGUUCCUCCGCCGCAUCCUACUCGAGCACAACGGGCCCAAGGAGUGGCGGCGCACGGCCGGCUCGCAACUCUUGGCUCUGAUUGGUCGGCUGUGGCUGGAGACGCACCCGUCGGACCCCGCUCUCCGGCCCAACCAGCAGGCGUUCUCGCCUAUGGCUGAUGAGGAGGAAAUUGACAACAGAUGGCGCGCAGCAGCAACAGCUAGCUACACUGGCGCGGUUUGCGGCGCGCUGGUGCAGCUAAUGAGGCAGCUGCACGACGCGCCGCAGUGGCACUCACCCGUCGCCGCGCUGCUGCUCGAUAAGCUGCGAGUUGCUGCACAAAUGAUCGCUACUGAUUGGCACUGGUGGCCCCAAGUUAGUGACGACUCGGACCAAACUGUUAAACAUGCACCGCCGACGCUAGAAGCCUGUCUUGUUGCGGGAGCGUUAGGAGUCGUCGGCGGUGCCGAGUUCCGAGUGCGCAUCGGCCAGCGAGUGCUGACGGGCUCGCCGUCGCGACCCGCUAUAGUCACGCAGUUCACUCCACGGGCCAAGAUCAUGCUGCUCCAUGAUGAUAAUACUGUUAGCAAGGUGGAGAUGGGAGGCCUGAUGAACGCGGAGAGCGAGCGGCUGCCACACCCGUUGGGCGGCGGCGAGAGCGCGCUGCGCGUGUGCGCCGCGCUGCUGGGCGCGCCGCCGCCGCCGCCCGGCGCGCGCCCGUGCCACCUGCCCGCGGAAGUGGAUGUGUACACGUUGAGAAGACAGCAGAUGGAGCUACUGACGCUGUGCGCCGUGCGCGGGCUGCUCACCAACAGAACGAGACUACGGAAGGUUCUGAUGCAGCCUCCGGACAAUGGUAUAAUGAACCGCAGCGACAGCAGCGAGGGCACAGAGGGCACGCUGCUGCGGCGGCUGCUAGGCGUGGCGACGCGGCCCAGCCCGCUGUCGGCCGCGCACACCCCGGCCGAGCUCGCCGCCGCCGCGCUCGCCGUGGCGCAGCAACUCGCGCACCACGCGACACUCAAGUGUAGAGCGGAGGGCGAUGACAAAGACAACGAAUCGCCCGAUUAUUCAAUGCUAGACAAAAGCAAUACAAUGCAACUAUCUAUUGGACCAUCUACAAGUUCGCCUGUCCCAUCGAAGAAAGACCUCAACGCUUGGGCGAAUUCUAGCGAAGUCCAACAAGUGAUUGAGAUGGGCUUUUCAAGAACCGCUGUUUAUGCAGCAGUUCAAUCUAUAGGUGCCCAAGGACAACCGACCGUUGAAUCGCUUGUGGCGUACUUACUAGAACUGCCCCAGCAGGGUAUGGAUGACACCGUUUUUGAGAUAAAACCGCAGUCAGUCAAACAAGACAAGAACCAGCCGCAGCCGUACCGGUGGCGCAGCUGCUUCGCGUCCGAGGAUGAGUACGCGCAGUACGUGUCGGACGUGGUCACGCCCGGCAUGACCGUGCGCUGCUGCAAGGCGUAUGAGGGGGUGGCGUUAGGCGACGUCGGUCAAGUACAAAAAGUAGAACGUGAUAUCAAACAAAACGUAUUUUUACAUGUGGAAUGGCGCGGGCUCGGCAAGGUGGCCGGGGUGCGCGCCACCAACGCAGAAGUGGUCUCCGGUGGGGCGCCCUUCGCGCCGGGCGACGUGGUGCGCGUGCGCGCCGCCGUCACGCAGCCGCGCUACAAGUGGGGCUGCAUCGAUCAUAAUAGUGUUGGGACUGUUGUCGGAAUAUCGAACAGCGGGCGCGACCUGACGGUGGACUUCCCUCAGCAGCCGGGCUGGACCGGCCAGGUCAGCGAGAUGGAACUCGUCACUGACCAGUCGGAAUGGAGCGAGAGCGCGGGCGGCGCGGCCAUAUCCUGGCAGGACGCUAUUCGCGCGGCGCGGGUGUCGUCGUGCAGACCGGAGGCCGGUGCCAUCAGGCUUCUGGACGGGAAGCCGCACACUUACUGGCAGAGCUCUAGCGGCACUGGACAGCACUGGAUCCGCAUCGAGAUGCGCUCGGGCGUGCGCGUGCGCCGCCUCGGGCUGGGCGUGCCGUGCGGGCCGCACGGGCCGGCGUCUCUCGCCGUGCGGGCCGGCGCCAGCUUCGACGACGCGGCGUUAGCGGCGCUGGCAGCCGUCCCCGCGCCGCCCGCUGAUGCCGGGGCGCAGCGGGCGCAGAUACAGCUACUGGCAGAUUGUAAACAUUACUACCCUUGCAUCGAGAUAACGCUGAAGCAGAACCGCAACAUCGACGCCGAUGUCAGAGUGCACGGACUGUACAUCAACGGCUUCCGACCCAAUCCGCUCUACACCGACGUGUUGCAGAGCAUGAAUUUCGUGUCGGAAGACUGGGUGGAGAAGGAGAACAUCGUAACCACAAUAUCCUCAAACGACAACAACCAGCCAGCCGUUUCGAACGAUUGCCCAAAGGUGUACGUAUGGGGCCUAAACGACAAGGACCAGCUGGCAGGCGUCAAGGGCUCGAAGGUGAAGGUGCCGGUGCUGUCUCCGGGGCUGAGCGCCUUACGACCCGUGCACAUCGCCGGCGGCUCCAAGACGCUCUUUAUAGUGUCGCAUGACGGGAAGCUAUACGCAUGCGGCGAAGGCACGAACGGGCGUCUAGGCCUCGGCCACAGUAACAACGUGUCCCUACCACGAGCCAACACGCACCUCGCGCACGCGCUCGUGAGGCGCGUCGCCGUGCACUCGGGCGGCAAGCACGCGCUCGCACUCACCGCCGACGGAAAGGUGUACUCCUGGGGCGAAGGCGAAGACGGUAAACUCGGGCACGGCAACCGACAGACGCUAGAAACGCCGCGUCUAAUAGAGUCUCUAGCUAGCGAGCGAGUCGUCGGCAUAGCGUGCGGGUCGGCUCAUAGUGCGUGCGUGACGGCCCGGGGACAUCUGUACACGUGGGGACUAGGGGAGUACGGGAGAUUGGGACAUGGGGAUGAUACGACGCAACUUGUGCCUAAGAUGGUGGAAUCCCUACAAAACUACCGCAUAGUCCAAGUGGCCUGCGGUUCCCGCGACGCGCAGACCCUCGCGCUCACCGCCUGCGGGAAAGUCUUCUCAUGGGGCGACGGCGACUUCGGCAAAUUGGGCCGAGGCGGGUCGGACGGGUGUGCCGUACCCAUGAACAUAGAGAGGCUGAAUUCUCUUGGAGUUGUUCAAGUGGAGUGUGGCGCGCAGUUCAGUCUAGCGCUGACUCGGGAUGGCGAGGUGUGGACGUGGGGUAAAGGCGACUACUUCCGUCUGGGCCACGGGUGCGACUCGCACGUGCGGCGUCCCACGCUCGUGGAGGCGCUCCGAGGACGCCGCGUCAUACACGUCGCGGUCGGCGCAUUGCAUUGCCUCGCUGUUACUAGCGACCUACAGGUGUGGGCAUGGGGCGACAACGACCACGGGCAGCAAGGCAACGGCACCACCUGUGUCAACCGGCGCCCAGCGCUAGUCGCCGGCGUGGAGGGCGUGCACCGCGCCGCCGCCGGCUCCUCACACUCGGCGGCGUGGUCCCUGCGCGCGCCGCUGGAGGCGCAGCCACACGUCGCGCCGCUGCCCUUCCCCGCGCUCAAGGACCCCCUCGGCGCACACAGCCUGGGCCUGUACGCGGACGACAACGUGAUAGAGGACUCGCUGGGCCCGCGGCCCCCGCUGGCGGCGGCGGCGCUGGCGCUGGAGCCCCCGGCCGCGGCGCAGCACGCGCUGUCGCUCAUACUGCUCGUGCUGCAUAUUACACAGGCCCGCUGUCUACUAAUAGAAGCAGUGCGCGCUCACGAGGCGAUGAGCGGCCGGCGGGCUGUCUGCGCUGAUACAGAGGAUGAGGACGGCGAGACCGACGCGAGGACCGGCGGCGGCGAGGCGCCUGCUGACCGCGCUACUCUGCCUAGUGGAGCCAGCACGCCGAUGAGUGGUUCCAUAUCGUCGCGACACUCCGUCAUGUGUUCUAGCGCAGUGUCGGUCGCUGCAGCCACCAUGACUGUGCAGCCUGAGGCGCCUAAGGUGGCGCUAGACGACUUCACCUCCCAACUAGGCGAGUCGGACGCGCGCGCGCUGGUGGACCUGCUGAAGCUGGCCGCGGCCGGGCGCGUGCCCGACGCCAACAACGCCGUGCGAGUCAUCACGGACGUGCUCAUGGCACUCUGCAGCGCCAAGCCAGCGGUAGCGGACAUGGUGAUAGAGGUGUGCGUGUGCGAGCUGGAGGAGGCGGCGGCGGGAGGGGGGCGCACCCCCCCGCCGCCCGUCACCGUCGACAGCCCGCACCCCUACGCAGAUGAUACUGACAUCUCAGGGGUGGUAAAGAUCCCGGGUGCGUCGUCGCUACGCGUGGUGUUCGAACAGGGGUGCUCAACGGAGCGGCGGAACGACCCUCUUACCAUAUCUGAUGCGACAGGGCGGAUAGUCGCGUCGCGGUCCGGCAGGGAGCCCAACGAUUGGGCGCAGGAGUUGAUCAUUAAUGGUGACGAAUUGCGUUGGAGGUUUACGAGUGACGGGUCUGUAAACGGAUGGGGCUGGCGAUUCACGGCACAUCCGAUACUACCUCACAACUCUGUAGCGGAGAUAGGCUCAGACCGCUACGUGCUGUCGCGUCCGUCGGUGGAGCUGGCGUGGCGGCUGCUGGACGGGCCGCUGCUGGCCGCCAUCUCCGGCGACCACCAGCUGGCGCCGCGGCUGGCGCAGGCGCUGGCUAUAUGCGCGCAGAUGCCUACUCUGUCGUGGCGGGCCCGCGUGUGGUGCGUGCGGCGGCUGCGCGGCGUGGUCUCCGCGUCGUCCGUGAGCCCGGCGGCGCUGCAGCGCUUGCCGGCGCUGCUGCACGCGCAGUACGAGCUGGAGGAGCCCGCGCUGCGCACCGGCUCGCACCUCCUCCACAGCAGCUACUUGAAGGAACUAGCAUGGUUAGCGUGCAGUCUCCGCAUGGACGCGCGCCUCUGCACGGGUCCGGAGUCUCUCCGUUGGGCGUGGUUCAAGAAGUACUGCCUCAGCCAGCGCACGGCGACCGCGCUCACACAACGACUGCCGCUGCCGCAACCGUUCAUCAUUGAAGUCAGGAAGCGACUGGCGGACUUGGGAGUUUACAACCCGGAGGAGAUCAAUGUGGACGCGAGGCACGCGUGGGAGGAUAAUGUGAAGUUCACCAAGUUGCAUGAUGAGCAGCUGCUGCAUUGGGUUAACAAACGUCCAGAAGAGUGGACGAACUGGUGGGGCGGCGGGUCCCGCGCUUGCUCCGUGUAUGGCUGGGGCCACAACCACCGCGGGCAGCUGGGCGGCGUGGAGGGCGGCAAGGUGCGCGCGCCCACGCAGUGCGCCGCCCUGGCCGCGCUGUCGCCCGCGCUGCUGGUGGGCGGCGAGCAGACGCUGUUCGCUGUGACGCCCGACGGACGCGUGUAUGCCACAGGAUACGGCGCAGGCGGCAGGUUGGGUAUUGGUGGCAUCGACUCUGUCUCCCAGCCAACACUACUCAGCUCAAUACAACACGUAUUUAUCACUAAGGUGGCCUGCAACUCUGGAGGCAAACAUUGCUUAGCUCUGUCAGCUGAUGGCGAAGUGUACAGUUGGGGAGAGGGCGAGGACGGCAAACUUGGACACGGCAAUAGAGUGAGCUACGACCGCCCCAAACUGAUCACGGCUCUAUCGGGACUGGACGUGGUGGGGAUAGCGUGCGGGGGCGCCCACUCGGCGUGCAUCACCGCCAGGGGGCGUGUUUAUACGUGGGGCAAGGGGCGCUACGGACGCCUAGGCCAUGGUGACUCUGAGGACCAACUUACUCCGAAGAUGGUGGAAGCACUAGCCAUGUACCGCGUAGUGGACGUGGCCUGCGGCUCGGGCGACGCGCAGACGCUCUGCAUCACCGACGACGACAACGUGUGGUCGUGGGGCGACGGCGACUACGGGAAACUAGGUCGCGGCGGCUCCGAAGGUUGCAAGCUGCCCAUGCGCAUCGAGUGCCUGAAGGGCAUGCGCGUGGUGAAGGUGGAGUGCGGCUCGCAGUUCUCCGUCGCGCUGUGCCAGUGCGGCAGCGUCUAUACCUGGGGUAAAGGCGACUACCACCGGCUGGGGCACGGCAGCUACGAGCACGUGCGGCGCCCCAUGCGCGUCACCGGCAUGCAGGGGAAGCCCAUCGUCGCCAUCGCCACAGGAAGCCUACACUGCGUGGCGUGCACGGAAGGUGGCGAGGUGUACACGUGGGGCGAUAAUGAUGAGGGACAGCUUGGUGACGGCACCACGCUCGCCGCGCAGCGCCCCCGCCUGCUUGUAGCAUUACAGGGUAAACGGGUGAUAAAGGUGGCCUGCGGCAGCGCGCACACCGUGGCUCUGUGCAUCGAGGCGCCGCGCGCGCCCCGCCCCCCGCCCGCGCCCCCGCUCGAGUGCCACCUGCUGCAGGAGGCGCCGCAGCCCGCCUACUGCAACCGUCUGGUGCUUCUCCACCACUUCUCGGAGCUGGUGGCGCCGACGCUGCCGCUGCUGUCGCUGGACGGGCCGCUCGACGAGCUGCGGAACCUCAUGUUCUACAACAUCAAGGAGACCAUCUUUAGAAAAGCAAUAAUGUCAACAAUGGUCCGCGAGCGCCAGCACGGCCCCGUCGUGGAACUGUCCCGCGUGGCGGCGCGGCGCGCGCGGCGGGGCGGCGCGGGGCUGGCGGGGGCGGGCGGCAUGCGCUCCGUGUUCGGCCAGAUGGUGGCGCGCCUGCCGCACCUCACGCCCGACGCGCUGCUGCUGCCUAGCCGCGUGUGGAAGGUCAAGCUGGCUGGUGAGAGCGUGGACGACUGCGGCGGCGGCUAUAGCGAAAGCAUUGCCGAAAUGUGUGAGGAACUACAGAACGGCUCGCUACCCCUACUGCUGGCGACCCCCAACGGACGCGGCGACGCCGGCGCUUCCAGAGACACCUUCCUACUGAACCCCACUGCCAACUCGCCGCUGCAUUUGAACUGCUUCCGGUUCCUAGGUGUCCUCAUGGGUAUAGCGAUCCGCACGGGCUCCCCGCUGUCGCUGUCGCUAGCGGAGGGCGUGUGGCGGCAGGCGGCGGGGCAGGCGCUGCGCCCGCAGGACCUGGCCGAGGUCGACAAGGACUUCCUGCCCGCGCUGCUGUGUAUUAGAGACAUGACGCCCACUAAUAAGGAGUUGCAGAACCUGGACCUCCCGUUCUCGAUCCCGUCGGCGGCUGGGCACGAGGUGCCGCUGUCCACGCGGCACAAGCGCGUCACGCCCGAGAACAAGGACGAGUACCUGCGCCUCGCGCUGCACUACCGGCUACACGAGUUCGACGAGCAAGCGCUGGCGGUGCGCGACGGGCUGUCGCGCGUGGUGCCGGCGCCGCUGCUGGCGCUGUUCACCGCCGCCGAGCUGGAGACCAUGGUGUGCGGCUCCCCGGACAUCCCUAUCCACGCCCUGCGCGCCUCCGCCUCCUACAAAGGUAUAGAGCCGACGGCGCCGCUGGUGCAGUGGUUCUGGGAGGUGAUGGAGGAGCUGUCGGGCGCCGAGCGCGCGCUGUUCCUGCGCUUCGUGUGGGGCCGCACGAGGCUGCCGCGCGCGCCGCAGGACCCGCGCCAGAGGGACUUUGUGCUGCAGGUGCUGGAUAAAUACCACCCGCCGGACAACUUCUUGCCGGAGAGCUACACGUGUUUCUUCCUGCUCAAGAUGCCGCGCUACUCCAGCAAAGCCGUGCUUAGAGAGAAACUCAGAUACGCGAUCCACUUCUGCAAGAGCAUAGACACGGACGAGUACGCUCGCGUGGCGCUGAGCGCGGCCGAGCGAGCGUCCAGCGAGGAGUCGGACUCGGACGCCGACGCCACGCCGCUGGGCCCGCCGCCCGCCUUCCCCUUCCCCCGGUAGAAGACGCCCUGUUGCGUAGCAACCCUGCAGGCCCGGGUGAAACGAGUGGCUGGCUGGUAGAACUGUCAAUACACGCGAUAAUGAG